ACAACGCCCAGGCAGCCCCGCGGCAGGGGCGACGUCGACGCCGUUACCUGCGACGGUCGGGGUUUGUUUUCUGAUCCGGCUGAAGGUUUAGGGGAGUGUAGCACCUUCUUCCCCCACCCCCCCAGCCCGCCAACUCCAACUUGACUACUGUCAGGUCUGGAUUAGCGAUACCGUGAGCAGAUAUGUUACCGACGACGAGCUAUAGUCCCAUCAGUCAAGGCAAUGGUGCACUAAGUUCCCGGGAUGCUGCACGACACACAGCUGGAGCCAAGCGGUACAAAUACCUCAGGCGGCUCUUUCGUUUUAAGCAGAUGGAUUUUGAAUUUGCCAUGUGGCAGAUGUUGUACCUAUUUACAUCCCCACAGAUGGUAUACAGAAAUUUUCAUUACAGAAAACAGACAAAGGACCAGUGGGCCAGAGAUGACCCUGCUUUCCUAGUUUUGCUCAGUAUCUGGUUAUGUGUCUCUACCAUAGGUUUUGGAUUUGUAUUAGGAAUGGGAUUUUUUGAAACAAUGAAGCUUUUACUUUGGGUUGUCUUCAUUGAUUGCGUGGGAGUUGGAUUACUGAUCGCAACAUUAAUGUGGUUUAUUACCAACAGAUAUUUGAUGAAGCCUCAAAGUAAAGGCUAUGAUGUGGAAUGGGGAUAUGCAUUUGACAUUCACCUGAAUGCUUUCUAUCCACUUCUUGUGAUCUUGCAUUUUAUUCAACUAUUCUUUAUUAAUCAUAUUAUCAUCAGAGAUGGGUUUCUUGCUUACUUUGUUGGUAACAUCUUCUGGCUAGUUGGCAUUGGAUAUUACAUCUAUAUUACUUUUCUUGGAUACAGUGCAUUGCCAUUUCUGAAGAACACAGUUGCCCUACUAUAUCCAUUUGGCCUCCUCAUCCUUUUGUUCUUGCUGUCGCUGGGACUGGGAUGGAACUUCACGAAAGGACUGUGCUGGUUCUACAAGUACAGAGUGCAAUAGAAGAUUCAAUUAUCUAAUAAAACAUUUGCUAAAUAUUAUGGUUGCUUUUGCUGUGUUGACAUUGUGUAAUGCAGCUUUAACAUUUGUAUGAUUUGUAAAUAAGUACAUACUGAUAUCUACAUACCCAGAGAAAUUUAAGGAUACUUCCAAGAGGAGAAUUGCUUUGUUUUUAAAUGUUUACUCAAUUGUGGCGGAACAUUUUCUAUUGCGUGAGUGGUUGAUCGUUGAAUCCAACAACCAGAUCAGAUUGUAUAUUUUAUAUUGAUCAAACCUUUCAAUGAAGUGCAUUCCUUUAUUAGCAAUAGAUCUGACAAUUCUUUUUCCAGAUCACAAUCUUUUCUUAGGAAUCUUUAAUAAAUAUUUCCUUUUUUGUCUUUCCCUAUUUGAGCUAUUGCGUCUCUGAAUGUAUUUAUAGGAGAGGGAAGGGAGAGUGAGAAAUCCAUCUGGUUGGGACUGGGCAGCACUUGUUCAUGAGCAGAGGGGACUGUGGGGAGUAUGGAAAGGGGAAAUAUUUUGUCUUUUAAUUUUAGAAUUCUAUGUUUUAUUGGUCUUGGUUACUGAUUUUCUCCCCCUUUCCAGUCGAUUUAAAGCAUUUGAAAAGCUAAACAAAAACUGAAUGAAUUCUUAAAGUCUCCACAGGUGAGCCUGCUUGCUCACACUUCCUAUGCAAGCUGCGAAACUGGUUAUAUGAUUUUUUUUGGUUGGGGGUGGGUAAGGGGAAUGGACAACAAUUAUUCAGGUAGUAUUAUCUGACUAAUUGUGUGUUAACACGCUUGGAGGCCUAACAGAAGGGGCAUACAUUUUUAACUAAAAUAAAGUAUUGAUGUGAACAAA